UGGAAGCUUUCGCCAGCCCGCUUUCCUUGUCAAAGAGAGAGAGAAGCUAGACCGUAAUGUCAGUGUUGUCGGUGGUAAUUCUGCUUGCAACAGGCUGGUUGCUGCUGUACGCCGUGAAGGCAUACCGCAAGCGGCAACAGUUACGCAAGAUAGCGGCCCAUUUUGGGGGCGCGAAGCCCCACUGGCUGCUGGGCCAUUUGCUGGAAUAUCCUGCCAACGAUGUGCCGGGUAUCUUCGACGCGAUGGUCCAGCGGCACACCGAUCACGGUAAGGAUCUGUUCAACUGGGGGCUGCUGAACGACCACAUGGUGAUUGUGAGCAGUGCGGCGAACGUGGCGAAGGUGGUGAUGGCGAAGAAAACCCAGAAGUCCACGUUCUACCAGUUCAUCGAGGUCUGGCUCGGCCAGGGGCUGCUGAUCUCGCAGGGCGACAAGUGGUUCCAGCGGCGUCGGAUUAUCACACCGACGUUCCACUUCAACAUACUGGCCGCCUUUGCCGAAGUGUUCAACCGGGAGGCGAACGUGCUGGUGGAGAAGCUGAAACCGCACGCCAGCACCGGGCUGGAGUUUGACAUUUACGAGCCGGUGUCACUGUACGCGCUGAACAGCAUCUGCCUUACGUCGAUGGGGGUGGACGUAAACGCUCAGACGGACCCAACGAACCAGUACGUGCGGGACGUGAAGCGGAUGUCCGAGCUGAUUCUGUUGCGCAUCUUUCACGUCCUAUCGUCGUUCCCGCAACUCUACUGGUACACGAUGCCGCACGCCUGGGAGCAACGGAAGCUGAUCAGACGUCUGCACGCGUUCACCGAUUCCGUCAUCCGCCAGCGCCGUCAGCGGCUGCUCAACAACCGACCGACGACCGGCGGGGACCAGAAGCACUUCAACGACAACGUGGAAGAAAGUCGAUACGCGAAGCGCAAAGAAACGUUCCUCGAUUUGCUGCUAAGCGUCACCGUCGACGGGCGCCCGCUCAGUGAUUUGGACAUUCGCGAAGAAGUCGACACGUUCAUGUUCGAGGGCCACGACACGACCUCGUCCGCGAUAGCGUUCACCUUUCUCCAGCUGGCCGGACACCGCGAGAUCCAGGACAAGCUGUACCGGGAGAUUGUGGACACGCUGGGGCCGGCCCAUCGCACCGUUCCGCUGACGUACGCCACGCUGCAAAACUUCCGGUACCUCGACAUGGUCGUGAAGGAGUCGCUCCGGCUGUUGCCCCCGGUCUCCUUCAUCGGGCGCCGCCUCGUGGAGGACCUCGAGCUCAACGGGGUCACGGUGCCGGCCGGGUCCGAUUGCCUCAUUCCGAUCUACGUCAUCCAUCGCAAUCCGGACGUCUACCCGGACCCGGAGCGUUUCGAUCCGGAACGGUUCGCCGACGGUAGCUCCCAGCGCCGCGGACCGUACGACUACAUACCGUUCAGUGUCGGGGCGCGCAACUGUAUCGGCCAGCGGUUCGCGCUGCUCGAGAUGAAAAUCAGCAUCAUCCGUAUGGUCUCGCAUUACCACAUCCAUCCCGGCGACGGGAUACGCGGGGUGCGCCUAAAAACCGAUCUGGUGUUGCGACCCGACAAAGGUAUACCGAUCAAGCUCAGUGCCAGACCGCAAGACAGCGUUUCUUCUACUUGAACUUUCUUCCCCCGGCUCUCGGCGACGGUGGGGUGUUCGCGAAAUAAAACGAUGCAACACAAAGGGCGGGGGCCCGGUC